AAGUUUUUAACAUAUUUAAUCAUAAAUUAUUUCACAGUCAUGUAUUUGUUUCCACUGUACAACUUAUUGAUUUACUCGAUAAGCACUGGGACUUCUAAAGCAAGUCGCCAAGAAAAAUGCUCAUUUAUGGCUAAUCAUGGUCCUUGCCAAAAAAAUUUUGAUAUGUUUGCCUACGACUUCGACAACAAUCGCUGCGUGGAAUUUGUAUACGGUGGCUGCGGCGGAAAUCCAAAUCGUUUUCAAACAAAACUGGAGUGCAUAUUGGCUUGUGAUGCUCUAGAAGAUCCUAAAAAUGUGGAUAUUAUCCCCACGGAUAGCUAUAAGUUUAUGACAGAGCAGCUAAAACCCGAUGACAAGUCAACGAAAUUGGUUUUUGCUUCAUCAGAAGUAGCACAAGAAGUCCCCGCAGGAAAGGAAGAAGAAGUAGUUGCAACGUCGACCUUUAAGGCAACUUCAAAAGAAUCACCAGAAGCCUUUACCCUCUUCAAUUUCGAACAACUUAAUUAAUCAAAAAUAUAAAUCUUACCUCGAAAUCCUGGCCAAUAGCGACGACAUUGAGAAGUUGAUGGUGCCAACACCAUUCCAGCAAUGGAUAUAUUCGUAUAGUUCUAUUCUUAAGAACCAAGAGCACUGGCAUUGUAUUUAACAUUCUUAGAUUUAAGUAAAUGAGCUCCAAAAUUUCAUACGGGGAUGUGUUCACAAAAGCAA